AUUGACGUCUGUGUUUUCAAAUGGUAGACACGACAGUUAAUUUUCGCCCGAAUGGGGAGGUGGGUGCGCGCCUUGUUAUUAUUUUAGGAAGGUCGUAAUGUGGAGAGCUGUGUUGUGGAAGACAUUGGCUGAAAACUGGUGCAGGGCAUUGCCUGUAGUCCGGAGCAGUCCAAAAACAUGUCUUCCAAGUUUGAGUUUUCCAUUCCACCCAACAAAUGGCUUAUCUCUGAAGCAGUGCAGCUCAUCAAUUUUGCAGAAAGACUAUGAUAUAAAGUCUAGCUGUGGAAAACUAAAUUUGAGUGAUGCAUGCAUCAAGAAGUUACAAGAAAUAAAGGAAAAUGGAGAGUUCUUGAGAGUUCUAAUACAAGGUGGAGGUUGCUCUGGAUUUCAAUAUAAAUUUUCCUUGGAUAAUUCUGUCAGUGAAGAUGACAGAGUAUUUGAACAGGAUGGAGUGAUGGUUGUUGUUGACAAGGAAAGUCUGAAUUUCAUUAACGGGGCCACACUUGAUUACAGUGAAGAACUGAUCCGUUCAUCCUUUCAGAUUGUUAAUAAUCCCCAGGCCGAUCAUGGCUGCUCUUGUGGAACUUCUUUUUCUGUUAAGCUUUAAUAAUUUGGUCACUUCUUCCACCAUUAUUCCCAAAACAUAAACUGAACCCAAAAUAUUAUCAGGCCAGUUUCAUUACUGCCUGUCGGUGAAUGAAGUAAAAGGUGUUUGAUAGCUGCAGUCACUUAAAAAUCUAUUCACCUUAGCAGUUGCAAUGUAAGUUUGUGUACUUUUCCUAACUUCUAAAACUAAGUAAAGCCCUAAUUUAUAGCUGCAGAAAGUUGUGUAUGCAUCCUCUUAACAUUCGUUUUGUGUUUAAGUGAAAAAUCUUCUUUUCUUGAAUAUUACAUUAUUAUAUAAUUCACACCUCACCGGCUUCACUCUUGUCUACAGCAAAAGACAAGAGUAGAAACUAGAUGGAUGUAUAUAUUGUUAAAUAUGUUUUAUAAAAUGUUGCAUUCAAAUGUAUUCACUGUAAGGUGCCAUGUCUUAUACACAUUAAUAAUUGCUAAAAAUGUAACAUUUUUAUUGGAGAAAAAAAUCAAGUGGGUAUAAGUAAAAAUUACAUGAUUUACUGCCAAAGCUUGUGUUCCAAGAGAAAAUUGUGCUUUCUUUAACCUUACAGUAAUGAUAAUUUUGUAGGAAGGCGAUGUCUGUUGUAAAAGUUUUAUUACAAUUGAUCUUUAAUGUACUUUUUGAAAACAGGUAGGAAAACUCGCAUACAAAUUAAGAUAUACACACAUUAAAUUUAGUAUAUUAUCUUCAUUCCUAGAGCAUUUCAUGUAUUUGCAGCAUUUCAGUGAGGUUAAGGAUAUGCUGAAAUCAGUGUGUUAAACCAAGAUUUUGGUCACAUGGAACACUUGCCCUAUAGUGCAAAGAUUUUCUGUGAAGUGAAUGAAAUAUUUAUUAUGAUCAAGUAGAUUCAGCAGAAGUGUGCACUAUUAUCUUUUCCUUCUGAUUUUCUUCAUUACAAGUGUAUAGUGAUUUUUAUAUAAUUUAUAAUGUAUAUAUUCUGAAUUGAAGUAGCUAAAUAAAAAAUGUGGCAAUUAUUGGGUAUACAUUUCUGCUGAAAAGAAAUGUUUUUUUAAUGUCAUUUGAAGAUUUUUUGAAUGAAAGUUUACCUUGGAGAAAUAAAGUUCAAGAAAGGUAAAACAAAAUUUUUGCCUAGGAUAAUUCUGAAAAUGUGAUUUUUAUAUGUAAAUCUGGUUUCUUAGUCUUAAGUAAAAUCAAAUUGUCCCAUUUUACGAUUAAAAUAUUAAGCCAAUA